AUGCGGAGUUGGCAUGGCGGGGACGAAACGGGCAAACUUCGGGGUGACGUGGGGCCCGUGCUGAACCCCGACGUUUUCCCGGUCCUGGAACUGUUGCUGAGGUUAUUUGUCACGAACAGCACAUUCUCAAGCGUACCACCUCGCCCCGUCGAACGAACACGAACAAACUCAACCAACCACCAUCACUCCACUUGCCUACUGGUGAUCGAUGCCCCUUUCCCCCGCCUCCUACCCCGUGUUGUGGGGGUGCCAGGGGGCCCCGGCAGAGAAGAACCAGAACAUCGACGGACAAAACCCCGGACAACCCCGGACAAAGAUGCAGAAUCGGCCCGAUGUUGGAGGUCUAUCGACGCCCGUAGACACAACUGGCUCCAGAAUGGGACCCAAAAUCCCCAGACAACGAGACAAGCGCGAGACAACCCAGCUGACCUUGAGCCUCUUCAGUUAGGUCGGGCUAGAAUCAGUCUAGAAUGCAGGCGGCAUGACGACAAGUCCCGUGGGGAACCUUUCGAUAUCUCGGGACAUGGCCUACCCAUUUGGCUAGACACCGUUGAUAGACAACAUGUCCCCAGCCUGACGGGACCCUCCUCAUCACGGAACAAUGGUUGCAAUGGAACUAGCUAG